UUUGAUUAUCCGCUGUGGUAUUCAGAAAUGAGGACCCCAUUGAUUAUUGGCAGAAUAUUCAAGUCGCGUUGCCGCCAAAAAACCGCCAAAAGAAAACAAAUAGUCGAAGAAAAAGACAGUGAACAGAAAGUGGAAACACAAACAGCAAUGGCGGACGAGGGCAGCGAGAAUGAAAAAGUAACGUGCACGUUUUUUAAAAAAGGAAAAAGGAAAGGAAACGUUCGCAAACGAAAAGCAGAGAGCUCCGGAAGCGAAGAUGAGACUUCUGUUGUGAAAAUUGAAAGGAAAUCCGCGCCAAACCCGUUAAAACAAAAAACUGCCACCGCAGUUAGGACUUGGGAGAAUGAGGUCGAGAAUUCUAAAAAGAUCAACUCAGAUAAGCAAGAUGGGGCAGAUGGAACUCCUCCAAGUGAGAAAGUCAAAUUUUUCUUCAAAUCUACACGAUCAGCAAUGAGCAGUGAUCCCCAAGAUUCUGGUGCAACAUCAAUUAAUGAGGUUGAUACUGAACUGGACCGAGAUGCUCAGGCAAUCUUUGAAAGGAAAUUGGCAACAAAUAAAGAAGUAAAAGAGAAGGGUGAUGAUGAUAAACUUUAUAAAGGAAUUAAUAAUUAUCAGAGUUUUUACGAGAAAAGAGAUACAGCACAAGGAAAUGCUGCCUCAGGUAGUGUAAGACACGGGCCAAUACGAGCACCAGCGAACAUUCGUGUGACAACAAGAUGGGAUUACCAACCAGACAUUUGUAAAGAUUACAAAGAAACAGGGUUUUGUGGUUUUGGCGAUAGUUGUAAGUUCCUACAUGACAGAAGUGACUACAAACAUGGCUGGCAAUUGGAACGGGAGGUGGACAGCGGAAAUUAUGACCAACAAGACCCACAUAAGUACGAGGUUAACAGUGACAGCGAUGAUGAUCUCCCUUUUGCAUGCUUUAUAUGCAGGGAACCAUUCACAAAUCCUGUUAUGACAAAAUGUAGACAUUAUUUCUGCGAAUCUUGUGCUCUUAAACAUUACAAAAAAUCUAAAAGAUGCUACGUGUGUAACCAGGCAACACAAGGUGUGUUUAACCCUGCUAAGGAUUUGAUUAAGAAGAUCAACGAACAAAAACAAAAUGAGGAACAGAGUUAGGACGUAGAGGUGCUAUAGAGUACACGAGGGUCACAAGAGGUCCCAAGGUGUCAAAUACAGUCCAGGUUGACUUGUUGGUAUUGACAGUGUAAAUAACAACCUGUGUAAAUAUUGGUAAUCAUUUAGACUGAUAGACAACUACCGAAUAUAAGCUAUUCUGAAAUCUAAGUAGCUCUAUUCACUGAUAUCAGUACCCCAUCCUGACUGGAAAUUUUGGUUAGCGACUGAAAAAUCGCCACUCAAAAAUCGCCGGAUUAUUGCAAAUAUGUUGACCUUUUGGGGCCAGUUGUAAAAAAGCCGUAGCAUCAACAUUGAACAUGUUUUGCCAUAAAUACUUCGUGGAUCAAUAGAACUAGAAGUCUUAAUUUGUGAAGCCUUGAAACGAACAACAGUGCAGAAGCAUAUAAACUAAAACAGCGGAGUAAAAUUUAAC